AUGGAACACUACGACAAAAUACGCCUUGUAGUUGUAGGGGAUUCUGGUGUGGGGAAAACUAGCUUGGUUCACAUACUCUGUCAUAAUGAAGCACUACGACACCCAACCUGGACGAUCGGUUGUUCUGUUGAUGUGAAGAUGCAUACGCAUUCUCGUAAUAACAAAACAUACUUUGUGGAAUUCAUUGACGUUGGAGGAACGUCGAAACAUAAAUCUUCCCGGAAUAUGUUUUACCAUCAAAUUAAUGGAAUAAUUUUGGUGCAUGAUGUCAGCAAUCGAAAAUCUUAUCAUAAUCUUUGGAAAUGGAUUGCCGAAGUGAUUUACUCAGAAGCUUACAAAGAGAGUGAGAGAGUAAAUAACGUUGCUAAUGCAAAUUGGGGUACAGGAAGUGGGAAUGGGUCAGGAAGCUGGAUGAGUGGAAGUUCCAUGAGUUUUAAUAGUACAAAUGAUUACGAUUUUGAAUUACAGAUCGGAGAAAGACAUGCAAGUGUACCGAUUUUAGUGGUUGGAACUAAGGCUGAUCUUGUCAAACAAGAAUUGACGGGUCGUCAGCGGCGAUAUAGCAUCGUUGACGAAUAUGGAGGUGAAUGCGUUAAUCUG